UUCCGUCCCAACACGGAAAUAUGGAGUCGAGAGAGGAGCGGCUGUGUUAUGGAUUUAAAGCGGUACUCUGAGCUAUAAAUUUACCCGUGUUUGCUAACUGUCCGCACGGCUGUAGCCGCUAUUAACUUUCUGACAGAUGGCCACAGUCGCUGGAAAUGGAGAGAGAGUUCGACCUCUGCUGUUAGUCGAGUAGCUUCAGCCCCCCCGCCCCUUCCUUCCGUUUGUUUGGAGCCAUGAAACCGUGUGUUUUAGGGGUCAUGGGGGCUCUGGGACGUCUGCUCCUGUUCCUGCUGCUGCUGUCCUGGGAAGGAAUACUCUUUGAGGUUGGGGGCGUUAGUCAGUCACCCUCCCCAGAGUCUCUCCUGUUCGUCUCGACCCUGGACGGCGGCCUGCAUGCCGUCUCUAAACAGACAGGAGACAUCAAGUGGACCCUAAGAGAAGACCCCAUUAUUCAAGUGCCUGUCUACCUCUCAGAGCCUGGUUUUCUCCCAGACCCCAAUGAUGGCAGUUUGUAUGUACUUGGAGGAAAACACAAGGAAGGCCUGAUGAAACUGCCUUUCACCAUACCAGAGCUGGUUCAGUCGGCUCCAUGCAGGAGCUCAGACGGCAUGCUCUAUACAGGUAAGAAGCAGGAUGUGUGGUUUGUGGUGGAUCCUGAAACAGGCGAGAAACAAACCAGUUUAACGACAUCCAGCUCCGAAUCCAUCUGUCCCAACACCCCUCUGCUCUACAUCGGACGCACAGAGUACAUGGUCACCAUGUUUGACACAAAGACACAGGAACUGCGAUGGAACGCCACUUACAAUGAUUACUCUGCACCUCCUUAUGAUGAGAAGCAAGACUACAAGAUGGCGCACCUGGUUUCGAGUGGUGAUGGUCUUGUUGUGACUGUGGACAGAGAGUCAGGCGAUGUCCUGUGGAGUCAAAACUACGGCUCGCCCGUCAUCGGCGUCUACCUGUACUCGGGGGACUCGCUGAGACACGCCCCUCACCUGUCCCUCGCCAUGGAAACGCUGCGCUUUCUCACCUUCUCGGCCGCCAGCAACCAGGCAGACGCACACUCCACUCUGAAGUGGAGCUACCAGUUUGUGAAGGAGCAAGCCAGCGCGCAAGCACAGCUCGUGCCCACUCUCUAUGUGGGAAAGUUAGACUCUCACCUUUAUGCUUCGACUUCUCUUGUUCACCACGGGGUCUCAUUAGUGCCUCGCGGCCUGACCCUGGCACGGAUUGAAGGUCCGAUGACGGCGGGAGUGACGGUCAGAGAACGAGGGGAGUGUGAGAUCACUCCAUCCACUGACGUGCGCUAUCCUGCAGGGAGCACGAACAGCCGGAAGAACCACUGGCUGCUGAUAGGUCACCAUGAGCUGCCUCCAGUGGCUCACACCACCAUGCUGAGGGACUUUCCAGCCCCCCUGCAGCACUCUGGUGAGGCCGUCAUCCCCCCUCGGUCGCCUGCCUCCUCUCCAUCCCCGGUCCCUCCUGCCUACCACUACCAUCAGCGCAGUUUUCAGAGGGUUCCUGGGAGCCAGGUAGACGGCAGUACUUACAGAGGAGGGGCUGAUGGGAAGACGCUGGAUCAGACCCACACACCGACCACACAGCUGCCUGUGUUUAUGAGUCAGGACCGCCUGACUCUGACCGUCCUGACUCUGGUGAUGGGAGGACUCCUCGUCUUCGCACUGACGUAUCCCAUUCAUGCAGCCCAGAGCCUGAGAGCUCAGAGACAGCUGGAGGAAGCGUUCGAGUCUCGCCUCCAGCGCAUGCAGACGAACAUGCAGACCACCGCACAGGACGGCGCCCCGACAGAGACUCCGCUCCCCUCGGAAGUGAGCGCCUCUACCGACACAAACGUCUCGACUGACUCCCUGCCUGUGGGCGCCGACCCUCCUCCUGCUCCUCACAGUCACAGCAGCGUCUUCUCAGAUGUUGAUAAAAGCACAACUGGGCACAAACCCCCCAUAGAGGGAAGCAAUGAAGAGGUGCAGGUUGGGAAAAUCUCCUUCACCUCCUCUGAAGUGCUUGGACACGGCACAGCGGGAACCUUUGUCUUUCGGGGUAAGUUUGAUGGGCGCCAAGUAGCCGUGAAGCGAAUUCUGCCGGAGUGCUUUGAGGUCGCGGAGCGAGAGGUGCAGCUUCUCCGAGAGUCGGACACGCACCCCAACGUGAUCCGAUACUUCUGCACAGAGAGAGACCGCCUCUUCACCUACAUCGCCAUCGAGCUGUGCACCGCAACCCUGCAGCAGUAUGUGGAGGAUCCUUCUUGCUUUCCUGAGCUGAGUCCUAUAACUCUGCUGGAACAGACCAUAUGUGGUCUCUCACACCUCCACUCACUCAAUAUCGUCCAUCGUGACCUGAAGCCCAGAAACAUCCUUCUCUCUGGUCCCAGUGCACUGGGUCGGGUCCGAGCGCUCAUCUCCGACUUUGGACUGUGUAAAAAGAUCCCAGAAGGUCGCUGCAGCUUCUCUCUGCGCUCUGGGAUUCCAGGAACUGAAGGGUGGAUCGCUCCCGAAGUACUGCGAGACACACCCGGGAAUAAACCGACAGCAGCGGUCGACGUCUUCUCAGCAGGCUGUGUGUUUUACUACGUGGUCAGUAGGGGGCAGCACCCCUUUGGAGACGCGCUGAGACGGCAGGUCAACAUCCUGUCAGGAGAGUAUUCACUCUCUCACUUCAUGGAGGACAUACAUGAUGAUGUGAUAGCUCAGGAUCUGAUCGAGCAAAUGAUCAGUGCGGAGGCCGAGUCACGCCCCUCCACCGCCUGCGUGCUCAAACACCCUUUCUUCUGGAGUCCUGAGAAGCAGCUGCUCUUCUUCCAGGAUGUGAGUGACCGGAUAGAGAAGGAGCCGGCGGACAGUCCGAUUGUCGUCAAGCUGGAGACUGCAGGGAGAGCGGUGGUGCGAACCAACUGGAGGAUGCACAUCUCAGUGCCUUUACAGACCGACUUGAGGCGGUUCAGGACCUAUAAGGGAAACUCAGUUCGAGAUCUCUUGAGGGCGAUGAGGAAUAAGAAGCACCACUACCACGAGCUGCCCCCCGAGGUUCAGGAGACCCUGGGCGAGCUGCCCGAAGGCUUCGUCGGCUACUUCACCUCACGGUUUCCACGGCUGCUGAUGCACACGCACUCCGCCCUGCUCAUCUGCGCUCACGAGAGACUGUUUCACCCCUACUUCCUGCCCCCCAACGCCAAGUAGCUUCCACAUGACGCCACACUGACCAGACCAGAGGGAAAUCAUCCCAGACAGUAGCCAUUUAUUGCUUUCGUAAAGCUCAUACUGUUGCGUGUGUGAUUUUUUUUUUUAAUAUAAAUUUAUAAAUUAAUUUUUAUCGAAUGUAAUUUUUCUCUCUUCUUCAAAAGAUGCACAUAUUUGGAUAGAAAAUGUUUUAAAUUGUAUUGUAAGAAACAAUAUAUUUCCAUGAUCUUCCGAGUGAUACUUUCUUAAGAAUCAACAAAAAUUAAAUAGAAAUGCAAAUUAUUGUGAAAAUACUCAUGAAAAAAAACAUUUUUGUAACAAACUUAAAAAAAAAAAAAUCAAUAAUUGGUUUCAAAUUUGUCUGAAACAUAGAAAGCUUCUUGUAUUUUAACCCUGAAAAACGUAAGUUCUCCAAAGUUUUACCAUGAAACAAGGCACUCA